AUGAACACGUUCAUUGAACUUCUGGCGUGUGCGCUGGAGCGGCGGCCUGGGAAGAGCUGUGGGGUGGUUAUCUGCCCCCACCUUGUGUCCGAGAAGGUCGGGUUUGGGACUCGCGGCGAGAUCCGCAGGGUUGAGGACAAGCUGGAGGCUCGAGCAAUUCGAUCGUGUCCAUUCGUGAUCCGAUGCACUGAGCCGCCUAGCAACAAGAAGGUGCCGAUGGUGUUCCAAGCCUGGGUCUGCAUGUGCGACGUUGGAAGUGAUCAGAAUGGCUUUCGGGAGUGCCAGCUUGCCAGCGACAGGAGCACACGCGUGGACAUUCCAUGGCAGAGCGAGUCCAAGUACAUCGUGCCAUGCGCAGAGAAAGACGGGCUGCCACAUGCCUCCGAAGGCAUGAGGUCCCUGUCGGACGUGCAGGAGUGCGCGCAGUACUUAGCAGGUUCAGCUUUGCCGGAAGGUCUGCUGGAAGGAGUGCUGGAGCGGUCCGGUGUGAAAGCAGGUUCGCGAGUCUUGGUGUGCAACUUGACUCCUUACGACUGCCACCUUGAGCGGGCAGUUCUCCACUGGUCAGAGACUCAUGCCAGCUCCAAGAUCACCAUGAAAUCUUUGUCGGUCACCACCAACAUAUCCACGUCGGAGUACUGCGAGAGAAGCAUGGCCAUGGAGUUGUUGCAGGAUGGAUCGAACACAUUCCAUAUUAUGGUUGAAAGCCUGUCCAACUUCAUAAUAUAG